AUGACUCUGGAGCCUUCCUUGACUCAAAUACCAUUAGCUGCUCCAGCCACAAGUGAACUGUACUCUGAAAUAACCUCAGUACCAAGGGCGGAAUUAUACGUAGAUUCAGUGUUAUUCAUGAUGACGCGAACAACGGCUGACUUUGAAUCCAACUUUGACAGUUCAUAUAGUAUUCCACAGGCAACUGUAGAGAUCCUGGGGACAACAGCUCACGGCCAGCUCUGGCCAAUAGAACUGUCUGCUGUUCAAAGACUAUACACAGAAUCCUCCCUCCUUCUGUUGCAGAGUCUGGAUCCCUCUUACCCUCAGUAUACCCAGUUCAUAGCCCAGGAGGAUCCCUCUUACCCUCAGUAUAUCCAGUCCAUAGCCCAGGAGAACACGCUGGGUAACUCCACUCAGACUUUUCCCACUGAUUCUCUAGAUUUCAUGUCACAGAGUGCAGAGAAAGAACAGACUCUGCUCCCAUCAAAGUUCAGUGAUUUAGAGAUAAGAGACCACUACUCUGAUCCAGUUUACAUCCAAACGGACACCUCAAGGCAGUUUUCCUUAGAGUCACACAAGGAUCGUCCACAAACAGCUGCCAAAACAGAUAAAAAUUCCGAAUACGUCUCUUUGCAGUUUCUCUCCAAGACCAAUCAGCUUGUAACUGCUACAUCGUUCUCAUCCCUUCACUCUUCCCAAUGUCUACCCAGCAUCUCAGUAACCACGCAAACCUCCAGCAUUCCAGCAUCUGUCCUCAGUGCCACAAACAGGUCAGCUGUGUCAUUAAUGCACCAAUCACUGCCCAGGACUCAAGGUAUCACAAGCAUGGGCAGAGCAAUCACAGUGUGUCCAAUCACAGGUUACUGCCCUUUGACCUCCCUACUGAUUCUCAGCACCGGCUGGAGAGAGUAUGAUGCAACUUCAAGUGUCUCAUCAGGUCCAGUUGAGAUGCGAGAGGUGUCUUUGGGCCUUGCUCCAACUGGAGUACUUAGAGUAUCUUCUGCACCCACGUCUCCUUCAGCUGCCUCCUCAGGGCCCUCCAAUCUCCCUCCCAAAGUGUUGCAGUCCAUCCCACUUCUGGAAGCCACAGUCGGCUUCCCUUUCCACUACACAAUACCAUCAAUGACCUUUCUGGAUCCAGAGGAUGGGGCAGCAGAGUCCCUCUCCCUGGAGCUGACGUUCAUAGAUGGCCCUCCUGUGACUCUAGGGUCCUGGGUGGCCUUGGAUGGACUUGAGCUGCAUGGUGUCCCUCUGGAAGUGGACCUGCAGUUUGCCCCUCAGCAGCUGCUGCUGGCUGCUCGGGACAAUCAGGGCCUGGCUGCCUGGCUCCCCCUCACCUUGGACCUCCACCGCAGCCAUGCGGAGCCCUGCCACAGCUUUAGCCUCAUAGCUCACCGGAGCCUUUACUCCCUCCUCAGCCAGCGCCACAGGGUGGAGCUUCUCCUGGACAAGCUGUCCCGCUUCUUCAAUGACUCUGGCAGCCACCACCUUGCCGUGCUGUCCCUGGCACCUGGAUCCACUAUUGUGUCUUGGUACAACUUCACCCUAUGCCAGGUGGGGGGUGAUGGUGACGAGGGACGGUGCCCUGUGGGUCAGGUCUGGCGCAUGUGGGAGGAAAUUAGUUCAGAGGCCAGACAGAUUAGCCCUGCGUUCAGCCAGGCAAUGCUCCCAGAGUUCCCCAUCAGCAAGGUAGGCCCUGUGAGCUUCAGACGUGACUGUUUCUCCAGCCCAACUACUGCCACAACUAUAGCCUCUAGUCCCACUCUUUCCCCCAGUACUCCAUAUCCCACUUCUAUCAACACCGUCCCAGCCUCGGAUCCCACUGGUGCAUCAGUGCGACAGACAGGCCCCUAUCAUUGGAUGGCCAGUGUGUUGACAGCUCUGCUAGUGGUCUGCUGUCUCUUUCUGGCAGUCACCAUUACAUUUAUAGUUUUCUAUUUCUGUAGAAGCCAUGUGAGGGUAAGGACUCUUGCGAUUUGGCCCUCAGAGGGAGUUGUCCCAGGUCACACCAUGGAUCUGAGGGCAAUAAGGCCAAGGAUGCCCCCCCUGUUCCAACCAGAAGUACCCCCACCUCCCCCAAGGUUGUGGCUGAACACCUCACCAGCCAGUGGAGAGCAUCUCUCUCCCACAUAUCUCCAGGGCAGACAGCCUUAUCAAAGACCAGUGUCUUUUCACCCACCUCCACAAUACUAGUUCCCACCACAAUACCCACAUAACAGACCAUGGGAACACAAAUCCCAAGAAAUGUAUACAAACAAAUGAAUCCAUUCUUGGAAGUGAGGUUGUGACAUGUUCAUACACACACUACUCAUGCCACAACGAGGGUUGUUGAGACAACGGUGUUGCACAACCGUUUUGGAAGACAACGUAUUAAUGGAUCUUGGGAGGGCAAUUAUAAAUGUGUCUUUUAUACUGGAACGUUGUAUUGCUGUGAUAAUCUACACACAUUUGUACUUCUAUGUACCAAAACGUACAACAUAAAGCAUGAAAAUUG